GUUUCAUUAAAAAAUUAUCGGGUAAAUUGAAAUAGAUUGCUCUGAUUGUUUCGAUCAAUUAAUAUGGAAGGUGCGCCUUUUGACGAUCAAAGUUUUAAUGAUUUCAAUAAUCAACCGUUGCCAUCCCUCGCCUCGACGCUGCUUAACAAAAACCAGGAAAAUCUAAACGUGCAUUCCAUACAGGUGAUGUUGGGGUUGCAGCAACAGCACGACAUGUUCGGUAACAUGGGAUCGCCGAUGGAGUACAAAGGAUCCCCGCAGAAAUUGGACGGUUCGCCGAUACACCAGGAUUUAGGAAUGUACUCGCCCGGUAUGGAAAAUAUUAAUAAUAACGCUAACAGUGCUAAAAUUAAAACCGAAGACGUCGUGUUGCUUCAAUCGCAAAAUUUAAGUUCCACUGAAAUUGGGAGUUCGCAAACUACGUCCACGAAGAAAAAUGAAAAGAAGAAAAACGAUAAUGGAGUUAAGAAGAAGAAAACCAGGACUACUUUUACUGCCUUCCAAUUAGAAGAGCUAGAACGAGCUUUCGAAAGAGCGCCUUAUCCAGACGUGUUCGCCCGAGAAGAGCUAGCGCUAAAAUUGAAUCUCAGCGAAUCUAGGGUACAAGUAUGGUUCCAAAACCGAAGAGCUAAAUGGAGAAAGCGUGAGCCGCCGAGAAAAACCGGCUACAUAACCACCGCUUCGCCCAGUCCCAGCGUCGUAGCCCCCAAUUACACCAACACAAUUCCAUUUACCCAAGCUAGCACUCUACCAACGUCUGCUCCGGCGGACACUUGGAACUAUCAGUCCUCGUACGACUUAAAUUCCCAUAUAAAUUUACUUAACAGUACGAACGGAUCGUACUCGAGCUUCGGAUCGCCGGCUUCGUAUUCCAGCUUCGGGUCCACCCAGAACAGCUACUCGUAUCUGCUGAACUCCCACGACAGCCAGCUAUUCAGCGCUCCGAUGCGCUCCCACGAAUACACGGCGGCUCCUCCUAGCCAGAGUCCUCCCAUUAGCCGGGAGUAUUCCAUGCUCCAAACUCACUCUCCGAACGCCGAUGAUAAUUCCAUAGGCGAUAGAAUCGUUUACGUGGAUCACAAUGCUGCGCUGAAUCAGUCGCCUGAUUGGUACGAGAACGGUUCGCCGAAGCACGAGCACGCUUUCCAGGAGGACGGGAGACUCAAAGAACUGAAAACGGAGCCCAAUAAUGGGAAUCAAACCUACGUUACUUUACCCCCUUUUCGGAAUUAGCUAAAAUCGUUAAUAGACAUUAUUUUUAGCAAAAUUUUAACGUGUAAAUAUUUUUUUCUGGCGAGCUGUGUAGUCAAAAUAAUGUACAUAUAUAAUUUUUUUAGAGAAAUGUAUUAUAGGAAUAGGUAAAUGUUUUGAGUUACAUAGUUUUUUUUCAAACACUUUGGAAAUAUAUGUUAU